AUGGAGGCUGUUCUUGGGGGCGCAGAAAAGGAGGAGGAUAAAGAGGUAUGUCCUCUGCUUUGACUUCCCUUUGCACAUCUCUGUCUUCUUCUCACACCCUUGCAAGAUUUAACCCAGCACUCAACCUCUCUUCUCUCUUUUCCCGCAGGAACGGAAGAGGCACUUCCUGAGCCUACUGGGGGGUCUCCUUCUGGAGGCCCCCAAUGCUGGCACCCUCCUCCAGCUGCUCACUGUAAGUGUCCUGAUGGCAUCAGGAGUGGGUUUAGGGUUGCCCCCUGUCCCUUGCCCAACAGACUGUCCCAUUUCUGGGGCACAGAGUCCCCUGUCCCAUUUCACUGUAAGUGUCCUGAUGGCAUCAGGAGUGGGUUUAGGGUUGCCCCCUGUCCCUUGCCCAACAGACUGUCCCAUUUCUGGGGCACAGAGUCCCCUGUCCCGUUUGGCCCCCAAUUUGGCCCAAGACCAAAAGUGGCAACCCUCAUGGUUCAGGAGUGCCAGGGACUCCGUGAUGGGGGCAGCGGGGGGCCGCUUUGGCCCAGACUGGCCCCUGACUCUGAGACGCUCUUUCCUCCCGCAGGACCUCCGAUUUUACGCCCUUUGGGGAAGUGAGGCGGAAAGGAAACUAGCGGCCAGCAGCAUUUCUCUGCUGCUGGCCAUUUCACGAAGAUUCCCCCACCUCAGAGUAAGUAUCUUGCCUUCCUGUAUUCAUUUCUUUGGUUGCUUCCAUUCCCCCAAGAGACAUCCCCCAGCAACCUUUAAUGCAGAAGAUGUGGUGUGUGUCCCUGGGUGCCAGGAUGAGGCCAGAGGGUAUUUCUGCCCCCGUUCCUGGUGCUGCCCUUCCACCUCUGCCUAGGAGGCUGCGGGGUCCAAGGAGGUCCUCUGGGGCAAGGGAUUGGGCCCAAGCCAUAGGGAGACCCAUCCUUCCUGGUGUGGGGCUGCUUCUGUGCUCUUUUGCACCCAUCCAGGGUGGGGUUCAUAGUGUCAUCUGACCCAGAUUUUUCUUUCCUCUGCAGAACACAGUAAUUCGCCCAGAGCUGGCUUGUUUCUGGAAAAAUCUGAAAGAAGGUAAGCCCCACACCUUGAGGACAGCGAAUUCCCUUGUCCCUUGUUUGCCCAAGACACACCUCCCAGGUCUUCCUGCUGGGAGUCCUGCAGGACCUGCUCCCUGCCUGGCAGGCCUUUCCUAUCUUGUCAUAGCCUGUGUCAGCUCAUCAAAAGUGCAUGCCUCUAUGUCCCUGGGUGCCAUCAGACCUUCCAGUAGAGUGAUGGCUGAACUUCCCAGCACCGUCAGUAGCACAUCCACCUUGUCUGCCUCCCUAGUGAAGUCUUGUAGUCGGACAUGGCUCCUUAUUCGGCGGAGCCACUGCGGCUAUUCUGCAGGAUGGCUCAUAUCCAAGUCCGGUGGUGGCCGACUAUGACUGGUGGCCAUCCUUGGACCUGGAGCAGUUGCUUGUGCGAUUGUGGGUGGUUGCGAAGAUGUGGCAGGCGCAGUCUCGUUUCCGGGACUAUUUGCUAAGUCUAGCGUGGCGGUGAGGUCGCGCUUACUGCGAGGCGGCAGGCAGCGGUAGUUCAUCAACCCUACCCUUGUCACCAGUGUUCAGAAAAAGUCAGAAGCCCUACGUUUAUUCAACAUUUGUUAGUGACAACAGCUCACUCAUAGGAAAACAAGAACCAAACUGACUGGACAACACAAUAAUAAUGCUGAGCAUGAACUGACCGUUGACAGUUGAAAGUCCAUGCGCUUACUUGCCAUUAGAACGUUCGUCUACCAGCACUUACGUGAUUGGUUAGAAUGCACCUUGUGUUAAACCCAAUACAUAACAUCUACCAUCCAGAUGAUGACAUCAUUAAAGAGUUAUGAUUUUCCUCCCUGAAGGAAUUGCUGGCUCUAUUUGGACAUCCCAAUUGGCCAAAGACUGGCAGAAGAAGAGGCGCUGA